CAGCGGUGGCUCAUCUUUUUACUUUUCUUUAAACUUCAGUUUGACCUUCUAAUUUUUUACCGCUGGUCAGUGGUUUGGAUUUUGUAGUUUGGGCCCUGUUGUGUUUUCUAAGCCUCCUUCACAAGUCUUCACAGGUGAGAGCAAAAAAAUUAAACUGAGUGAAGGUCCAGGGCUACUUCCCUAUUUAAAUAAUCAGUAAGGAAAAAUAGAUUAUUAAUGGAUUACUGUGCCAGUGUGUUUUGUUACUUUAUCUGAGCUGUUUUACCCAUAUCUCGCACUCUAUGAAUAUGGAUAUAACUUGAUGACGUCACUUUAUGAUUUAUUUAUUUUAUUAAUAAUGAAAACUUGCAUCACUUCACUGGUAAUUUUCAGACCAAGUUCCCUGAGUGGAGCUGAAAUUACCGAGCAGUGAACACACCAUUCUGAAGGUACUCUGAGUUCCUUCCUGAGUUCUCGAGGCGUGAACAUCUUUUGUAGAAAAACAGAAAAAAAAACAGUCUCACAUGCGAUUGGUCGGUGCCGUGAAUGGCAGCAGAGAUUUUCCAAUCAGAGGGCUUCUGCGCAAAAAGGUCGUUUUUUUCUCCUGCCGGUUCUAGAAAACCAACCACGAGUUGCCGUCGUGUGGGAGAAUCCAUCUUGAAGAGAGCUCUCCGGUUGUGUGAUUAGUAUAAUUGUGCAAAAUGUCUGAGUCAGAGCAACAGUACAUGGAAACAUCGGAAAACGGCCACGAAGUCGACGAUGAUUUUAACGGAGCCGGCCUCACUGAGGAGGGGAACGACGACGACGACGGCGCCGCCGCGCAUGACUGCGGAGAGGACGCAGGCCCCGAGGACGACGACAAUUCGCAAAACGGCGGCACGGAGGGAGGCCAGAUCGACGCCAGCAAGGGCGAGGAGGAUGCCGGGAAAAUGUUCGUUGGAGGUCUCAGCUGGGACACAAGCAAGAAGGAUCUUAAAGACUACUUCUCUAAAUUUGGCGAGGUGACAGACUGCACCAUCAAGAUGGACCAGCAGACAGGCCGGUCAAGAGGCUUUGGUUUCAUUCUGUUUAAAGACGCAGCCAGCGUAGAAAAGGUUCUUGAACAGAAGGAGCACAGGCUAGAUGGGAGACAGAUUGACCCCAAGAAAGCCAUGGCCAUGAAGAAGGAUCCAGUAAAGAAAAUCUUUGUGGGCGGACUCAACCCUGAUACUUCAAAGGAGGUCAUUGAGGAGUACUUUGGGACCUUUGGAGAGAUUGAGACCAUAGAGCUUCCACAGGACCCAAAGACAGAGAAGAGGAGGGGAUUCGUAUUCAUCACGUACAAAGAAGAGGCUUCCGUGAAGAAAGUCAUGGAGAAGAAGUACCACAAUGUCGGUGGUAGCAAGUGUGAAAUUAAAAUCGCGCAGCCCAAAGAGGUCUACCUGCAGCAGCAGUACGGUGCCCGUGGAUACGGCGGACGUGGGCGAGGACGUGGAGGCCAGGGCCAGAACUGGAAUCAAGGCUACAACAACUACUGGAACCAGGGAUACAACCAGGGCUAUGGUUAUGGACAGCAAGGCUACGGAUAUGGUGGCUAUGGUGGCUAUGACUACUCUGCUGGUUAUUACGGCUAUGGGGGUGGCUACGAUUACAACCAGGGCAAUACAAGCUAUGGGAAAACUCCAAGACGUGGAGGGCACCAGAGUAGCUACAAGCCAUACUGAUCACACAUAGUGCAGGUCUAAAGUAAAUAAGAAAAAGAGAUCCAUGGUCUGACUACAGCGAACAUGGGCUCUGGCUUUUCCUUUGGAGUUGGCAGAAAAUUUGGACUCAUGCUCCAUUUGUACAGAUCAAGUGAGGAACUGGGGAAGCAAAUGUCACUUUUCCACUUUUUAUUUUAUAUUGUUUUUUUUUGUGUCCAUUUACAUUUCCAGUGAUGGAAGUGUUAUUUUUACUGUACUUUUUGGUACCUUUUUGAAUCUAAUGUAUUGUAUGGUUGUAUUUUUACAUGUCUACUGGAUUUACAGAUGAGCAAGAGCUUUUAAAGCUCGCGAAUAAAACAAUUUUGCUUUUUUUUUUCUUCUUUUGCUUUUUUUUUGUUUUGUUUUGUUUCCUCAUUUUGUUUUGGUGUUUAUAGAUUUUGUUAUUCUCCCAUGCUGAGUGUUGGAUGUGAGUUGCAUGGCUUCAGAUGUGGGGUGAGGUUAAAAAAGAAAAAGGGAUUUAUACUAAUCAAAGGGUUCUUUGUAAGAGUGUCAAAUAAAUAUUUGCAGAAGGCCUUGUAGACAAAGACAACCAGCAAUUAUUUGUUUAUGUUUUUUGUUGUUGUUGUUUUUGUUAUUUUGGCUUUUAAGGAGAUUCUUCCCCCAUCAUGUCUGCAAUUUUUAAGUGGCUUUACUAGUGUUAUUCAACUGAACGCAAGCCUGUUAAAUGUAAGAGGGUAUUCCCUCUCUCACUGGAAAUUCAUUCCUCUAGUGUCUUUGGCAAAUUGGUAGAAAUAAACUUUUGGUUUAUAUUACACAUGGAUCUUUCUGUUAUUAUUUGUAAAGUUAACGUUAAAUGUUUUUGUACUGUUAACUGGCUUGCUUGUUUCGUCUCAAGUAAUGUUAACAUCUCCACGGGAAGCUGUGGGAGAGGGCUUCACUACCUGCAGGAUAACUUGCUGAGUGUAAUACCCACCCCACUAGAUGUUAAACUGCAAUACUUGAGCAAUUUUUGUGAAUGUGUCCAGGAGUUAUAGUUGUCUGGUAAGUGCUUAACUCUACCAUGCUGUGUAUUAAGAACAUGUUGCCAAUCAGUGUUAAGUCACAGCUGAUUAUGUGAACUGCUGUCAGCAGAAAAACGAUACAAGAACCAGGAUUACAGUAAAAAGUUUAUUUGUCAAUAUUUUCUUUAAUUUAUUUAUUUUGUAUUAUAAAAGUGUGGAAUUUCAAAAUGUCAUCUUCUGGUCGACUACAUUUCCCAGGUGGCAAUGAUAUGUUGUGGCUUGUAGUGUUUACCUCCAGUCUGUGGGGUGUCAUCAGAGAGGUGACUGGUAUGAUCUGUUGAAAAUGAGAAUGACUAAAACGUUUGCAUUGAUAUUUCACUUUAAAUGGGCAUAGUUUGAAACGAAUGACGACGCUGAUCCAGCAAUACCUUUAUUUAAAAUUCACUGUCACCGCUUUGAUAUUCUCUGAAUUAUUAAUUUCCAGAUAGAAGUCCAACUUCUCUAAAGUGAACCCCCACAGUAGUCUGUGUUGAGUGGAAGAGGCAACAUGUUCUGUGAAGCUGUUUGGUCUACUGGAGCCUCAAGAACAGAUUUUAAUCUCUACCUCUAAAUAUGAAUGUGACCACCUGACUCUGUCUGAUGCAAUUAAAAUGUUUUCUACAGGUUUGACAAA